CCCUUCGAUCCUUUCGCUACACUCGCUGUCGUCCCCAGCUGUGCUUUUGCUGGCUUGAUCACAACCAACGUCCAACUACAUCCCACAAGCACGCAUCUGACUUUUGGGGAAAUUCCGAGCACGCCUCAUCGACCCACAGAGCUGGAAAUCGCCCCUCUGCUGCCAAAAACAAAUGCUGUUCUCACUGAUCGCCUUCCUCGGGCUGAUCGCUGGACUGCUCUACCUCGCGACUGGCGCACGGCCGCUCAAGUGGUGGCGUCCAGACACGCUUGUUGCCCACGACCUGCGCACCCUGCCCUACAUGCUCAGCUACCCAUUCGAAGCGCCAGAUUCGCGCCAGAACAUCAUCUUUGACUCGGCGUCCGCCGCUGCUUCUUCUCCUUCCAGCACGACUCCGGCUCCUGCCACGCAAAACUCUGCUGGUGCUGCUGCUGCUGCUGCUGGUGGUGUUGCCACGCCGCCAAACACGCCGCCGAGUGCCAGUCGCGCGGGCUCGCACGCCCAGCUCGUCUCCACUCCGUCCUCGGCGUCCAUUGGCACCGAGCUGCCUGGCAUCCGCGCCGCGUCGCUCGAUAAGCUCGUCCAACGACUCACGCAUCACUCCAUUUCGGACGCCAACUUUGCUGCCAACUUCCUGAUGACCUAUCGCGCCUUCUCCACGCCUGCAGAGCUCCUCGAGAAGCUGAUUCAUAGAUACCACGUCCCGCUCACCCCGUCGUCUGGCCGCGGUGCCGCCACGUACGACAAGGACUUUGUCCACCCCAUCCAGGUGCGUGUGUGCAACGUGGUCAAGCUGUGGGUCAAGACUGGCUACCGCGAUUUCGUCAACAACCCGACGUUGAUUGCCCGUCUCAAGUAUUUUGUCGCCCUUAUGCGCCGCACGGGUCACGAGGCCCUCGCCGACGCUGUCAUCAAGUCGUUUGACAAGCAGGCUGCCAAGUUUGCUGCAGACGAAGCUGCCGCAGCGCGUCUCGCCGCUGGCCAGGUCGUCUCCCCUGCCUCCGGCCCUUCGUCGCCCGCCAGCUCGCAGCCCGGCACUCCCCGACCUGGAACUCCCGUGGCCGGCUUGCCUGCUUCGGCACCAUCAACUCCCGCGCACGGGUCGCUCGCGACCGCUGUGGCAGCCUCCCCCGCAGCUCCCACCUCCGCGACCUCGUCUCCAGCCAUUCUCAAGACACCCGUGUCCCGCGCCAUGAAUGCACACAUCCCGUCUCGCUCGCCGUCCAAGGAGGAGAUUAUUGCUUCGCCCAUCCCCAUGAUGCCUCCAUCGGAUCUCGUCGCUGACAUUACGUCCUUCCUCAACAAGAAGCAAGGCUCGGCCACCGACCGUAUGAGCCGUUACACUGCCAUGCUGUGUUCUGACAGCUUGGAUGCUCUUGAAAUUGCGCGUCAGAUUACGCUGGUGGACUAUGAGCUGUUCCGCGCCGUCGAGCCCGUUGAAUGCUUGGAGCAAGCCUGGAGCAAGAAGGAUAAGCUCACCCGUGCGCCCAACGUGCUGGCAUUCAUCAAGCGCUUCAACGAUCUCAGCUUGUUGGUCGUCUCGUGCAUUGUGCUCACGCCUGACAUCAAAGCACGAGCGCUUGUCUUGCGCAAGUUUAUGCUGAUUGCUCAGGCCCUCCGCGAGCUGCAAAACUUCAACUCACUCGUUAGCAUUGUCGCGGCAAUGAACUCAUCGCCCAUCCAUCGUCUCCGCAAGACAAUGGAGCUGGUCCCCGAGAAGGUUCGCCAGCAGUUCAAGGCAAUCGAAGACCUGGUGGGCGCGAGCAGCAACUACAAGCAGUACCGCACGCGAUUGCACAACCUGGAUCCCCCUUGCAUCCCGUACAUUGGCGUCUAUCUCUCCGACCUCACCUUCAUCGAGGACGGCAAUUCGUCCAAGGUCGAGGGCCUGACCAACUUUGACAAGUACCGUCGUGUCGCAUCGGUGGUCCGUGAGAUUAUGCAGUAUCAGGACACCCGCUACAACCUCGUCGCAAUACCCGCGGUCAUCAAGCUGUUCUCACCCGACGUCUCGGACGAGCUCGGCAUCAAUGAGGACAAGGCGUACGAAAACAGCUUGCUCUGCGAGCCCCGCGCCGCGUCCUGAGUAGCGCCCAACUCUGGUUUCAUUGAGUUUGGAUGUGUUUUCAUGGUUGUUGUUGUUGUCGUUGUCUUUGUUGUUGUUUUGCUGUCGUUGUUGUUGUUGCUGUUAUGUGAACCAUUGGUCCUUCAUGUAUUCGAUGUGUGGGAACUCUCGACUACACCAUUUCAGAUGAUAAAUCCAACAAAA